AUGCAUUGUAAGGGUAUUGAUGUGGCACUUACUGAGUUGUGGCCAAAAGUGGGGAGGAGAUACUGUUGCAAGCAUCUUGUGAAGAAUUUUAAAGCACAGUUUCCAGGCUUGCUUAUGUUCCAAUUGUUCUGGAAGGCAGCUGGAGCUUAUAACCCUUUCACAUUCAGAAAGGCAAUGGAAGCUCUACAAAAAGCUAAUCCUGAAUCAUUGGUCUGGCUAGCAACAGUAGGACCACAAGCAACCUGGUUCAACGCAUUCAACCCUGCUAUCAAGUCUGAUGUAAACAAGUCAAAUUUUGUAGAAAGUUUCAAUGCAACAUUGGGCAUUGAUAGAUGCAGACCUGUGAUUACUUUGCUUGAAGGUGUUAGAAGGCUUACAAUGGUGAGAAUGGAAACAAGAAAGGAACAAUGUCAGAGCUGGAGGGAUGAUCUCUGUCCAAAUAUCAUCAAGAGACUCCAGUUAUCUGGUUUGCCAUGUAAACAUGCAAUGAGAGCCAUUUAUCACAAGUAUGUGAGUGAAUGGUACUUAGUUAGAAGGUACAAGCUAAAUUAUAGGAACAAUAUUAAGUCCAUCCCUGAUGUAGAGAAGUGGCCAAAUAACACCUAUCCAGAAAUUAACCCCCCACCUAUCAAAAGAAGAAUUAGUAGGCCAACAAGAAUUAGAAGGAGGGAGGAAGGUGAGCAGGCAAAUGGGAAGAGGUCUAAGACUAUUAGAUGCAGCAAGUGUGUCAACUUUGGCCAUAAUAUGCAGACAUGUCAAGGUGGAUUUACUGGAAAAGAGAAAGCUGCAAGGGCUGCAGGGCAACAGAAGACUAAGCAACCUCCUAAGCCAAAGAAAGGUGUUUCUCUGUCUCAACCUGACCCAACCACAGUUGCUUCUACAUCAAGUCAACUAGAGCUUCAAAGAGAGCCAGGAAGGGUGUUUCCGCCUCCCAACCAGUUUAGAAGUUUAUGUAUAAUUAGAUCAUGA